GGCCAUAGAUCCUCAUCACAGCAACUUUACUUUCCCAUCCAACUACUCCUACACGAUUCCAAAUGGCACAGCAAUCUGUGGUGGGUGCCAGGCCGUGAACACGACGAGCAACGACACGGUCACAAACAUGACUGACUCCGUCGCCUUCCCCUACUCUCUCGGCGGCGGCAUUGCCGUUGGAAUCACCGUCUCCUCGGUCAUGUUCCUCAUCAUAGUGGGUAACAUCCUCGUGUGUGUCGCGGUAGGGAUAGAGAAGAAGCUCCAGAACCAUCAGAACUUCUUCUUGGUGUCCCUGGCGGCGAGCGACAUCAUGUUGGGUGUGAUGAUCAUGCCGUUCUCGCUCGCGUACGAGAUCAUGGGUUACUGGGUAUUCGGGCAGGUGUGGUGCGACAUGUGGCUGGCGUUGGACGUGUUCUUCUGCACGGCUUCCAUCUUCAACCUGUGCCUCAUCGCCAUCGAGCGCCACCGCUGUGUCACCAACCCCACCGCCUCCAUGGGAACAGGCAACCGGCGGCAGCUCAACCUGAUCGUCGGGGCUUACAUCGCCGCAGCGGCGGUCUCUCUCCCUCCGCUGUUCGGCUGGAAGGAGGCCCAGCAGCCGAAGGGCGGGCUGCCGCAGUGCCCGCUGCGUGUGAACCCCGGGUACGUCCUGUUCUCGAUAACCAUGAGUUUUUACAUCCCGUUGGCGGUGAUGAUCGCGGCCUACGUGCGCCUCUUCCAGGCCACCCGUGCGCAGUUCAGGAAGAAGCUGGGCGCCCCGCGACAGGACAUCAGCCUGGCUUCAACUCCCACCUCGUCUCGCAAUAACCUGACACAAGUCACCACCAUCACCGCUCUGAGUUCCGUCAGCUGGUCCAGCAAGCGCCCCAACAAACUGGAGCUCAUCACUACAUUAGACGAACCAACAGGCACGACGAAUGUAGGCACUACCAGCCCAGUACUUGACAGCAGAGCCGAAAAGACCACCACAGUCACUGGCGUAAUCCAGCCGCAGACCCCCACGUUCAAGCCAAUAGGCGCUAAGAAACGGAAGAGUAAGAAAGACCCUCCGAGUCUCAGCCGGGCUCGGCACGUGCAGUCCAGAGAACGCCGCUUCACGCUGAUCAUCGGGCUCGUCAUGGGGGCUUUCAUCGUCUGCUGGUACCCGUUCUUCCAGCUCUACCCCAUCAAGGUCCUGUGCAAGUCGUGCCACGUCCCUGACGAGGUGUUCGGGUUCUGGUUCUGGGUGGGAUACUGCAACAGCGCGCUGAACCCCAUCAUAUACACCAUCUUCAACGUGGACUUCAGAAACGUGGUCGUCCGUAUUCUGACGUGUGGCAAACAUGGCGUAACUCGACCCUAAAUGGGAGAAACACCGUCUGAAGAAGGAUAACCAAGAGUCAAAGACACUGUAGUUCAUGUCGAAUGACAACGAUGUGUCAGAACAUUUCUAUCAAAUUUUAUACCACAAAUUUAGUCAACAUAGUAAGAAACUGAAACAAAGGAACUUAACUACUCAUAAAGAUUCUGAAAGUUGAUCGAUUGUAAGAUGAAGAGAAGACGCAGAUAGGAAAUCUGCAUUAUACACACAAUUUAUAAUUUACACGUACACAAACAGAUACACAGACAGAGAAAAUCAGUGUAGAUAUGCCAGCUGUGAUAUUUAAGAGUAUUGGGUAUCAUCGUGUUAGUCGCAAUGUAUUUGGUCUGUACAAUGUGUUCCGAUAUACUCACAUAUAUGUAGUAUAAUAGUAAGUAACUUUAUAUACUAUAUAACACAAAGUGGUCUAUAUUGAAUAUCAACGUUCUUUAAUAUUUAUUUAUUCACAACCACUUUAUUCACAGCGUUUACGACGAGUAUACGUUUAAAUGACGACCGUCUGUCAUCUUCGUCACAGCUAAAAUGACUGGUUCGCUGUGCACUGAAGCUAGAUGUUACUGCUGACAAUGUGUCCCCAAUCGUAAAGUAAUUGAGACAUACAUAG